CAAAAAAAAUCUUCUUUAGUUUGACAACUCCAGGUAGGAAUCAAAGGUUUCUUUGCCCUGUUUUAUCAAAAUUUUCAUCAUGAGCUGGCAAGCAUAUGUAGAUACAAACCUUCUUGGUUCAGGUAGAGUUCAUAAAGCUGCGAUUCAUGGUCAUGAUGGUUCUUGCUGGGCAACAAGCAGCGGAUUUUCGGUUUCCCAAGCCGAAGCCUUAGAGCUGAUCAAGAGCCUAAAAGAUGGCAUCGUUUCUGGUAAGGAGAUCGGUGGAACUAGGUACAUGAUGCUGAGAAAUGACAGGGAACAACAAAUCGCUUACUUGAAAUUGAAAGACAAAGGUGGAUUCUGUGUGUGCCUUACCAAGCRAGCUCUGCUGAUCGGUGGCUACGAUGAAGCGGCUGGCGGAGCCGGAAAUUGCAAUAAUGUCGUGGAAGGACUCGCUAAUUAUCUAAAAGAUUCUGGAUACUAGAAGCAAAAAUGUUUUUUGGUCUCGUUAGGUUUUAGGUUUUAUCGAUAAAAGAAAGAAUUGCCGUUCCCAUUUGGUAAAAAAUGAAAACAUAAUCUGUCAAUGCCAGCUUCUUUUUGUAUGAUCAAACAAGCCAUUUAUAGAAUCAUCAAGCUGUUGCAAUCGUUGUUUUAGAAAUAAAUUUAAGAUAUAUUUUUUGCACAA